AUGGCCCUUCUGAGAUCUCUGCAGCCCCCGCCUCUGGUGAUAUCAUGGAAUCCCGGCCCCCCACUGCUCGACGCCGUCGUCGGUGCCGCAAUCGAAAUAGGGGCUCCUCCUCAGCUCCUCCGACGGGACCCCCAGCCUUCUACCCGGAGACCUUCCGAUGACAUCCCGGAGUUGAAUGGCUCCAGACGUCUUCGCUCUGGUGUGCGGGUGACCUUUGGGGAGACACAGGUGGCCCCAAAUCCAUCACAGACGCCCGAGAAGUCACUGCAGCUCACACCGGCGCAUCUCAGCGGCCCUGCGGAGGCUCAUCGCCCCCACGCCCCUCCUCGGGUGACCUUUGCCCACUCACGGGGGGAUGCCUCUGCGAUGCUGCUUACUUCUGGUGUUCGAGUUACCUUUGGGGACUUUCUGGCGCCUUCGGAAACCUCUCCGGCCCGCCCUCUGGCCGGACAGACCACAGCUGAGCCUCCGAUUGACAGUCCUGCUUCCCCGCUGGACGACUGUCGGCUGAGUCCCACUCCAGCGACUCCUGCCACCGCCCCAGCCCUCGGUCUCCUUCUGCAGCCCCCCUUGGACGAUCAGGUACCCUCGCCGCCUUUACCACUGUUUGCUGACGAUAUGCAGGUACCCCCGGAGCCUGUGUCGCUUCCUCCUGCUCAGUCUUUGGCAAUUUGGGGACUCCCCUCUGGUCAUGGCCUGGAUAAGGGGAAGGCAGUGCUGUUCUCGGACCCCCCUGCAUCACCUAUCUGCGAUCGACGUGAUCCUUCAGUGGACACAUGCCUAUCGGCCACGGGUUCUCCUUCCUCGGACACCCAGAGGGAUGAGGACUCUGCACUUCACGCCACUUUCGCCGAGGACUCGGAUGGUGACUCGCCCCUUAUUAAGGAUGGCCAACCGCCCCUCAUUGAUUCACUGUCUCUCUCCCCGAGAGGUACCACUGAUUUUCACUCUUGUGAUCUUCCUGCUGAUGCAACUACAGGGACAGAGCUCCUCCUUGAACCUGGUCCGAACCCACCCCUCUUGCGGACUUCAUCGGAACCGCUCCCUGUUGUCGCUCUGUCGACGGAGUCGCAUCCGAGCAGAGGGGUGUGCGUCUUGAACCAGGCUGCUGAUCCUCCGUCUCUCAGCGGAUCUUUGGAGACAGUGUCGGAUGACCGGCCACAGGCUCUGCCGCCAACCUUCUCUAGACCGAUCACCCGCAGCAUCUCUCGUCAGCAAGUAAGCUCCUCUCGUCGCCCUUCUGCCAGUUCCCGAUGA